CGAGCCCGCCGCGUCCCGCCGGCCCCGGCCGGUCGCUCUCGGGGUGUCCCGUCGCGGGUCGGGGCCCGGGCUCCCUCAGCGCCGUCUUCGGACGCCUGUCGGUGUCCGACCCGGAGCCGGACGCGUUCCGGCCGCCGGGCGGGCUCGGGCCGGGGGCCUCGGCCGACGCGCGGGACCUCGCCCGGCGCCUGGGGGUCCCCAAGAGGGACGUCAACCGCGCCCUGUACUCCCUGCGUUCCCGGGGCUGCCUGGUCCGGGAGGAGGGAGCCCCCCCGCGCUGGAGGAGGGCCCGCCCCGCCCCCGCUGAGGGCGCCGGCCCACCCGCCGCCAUGGCCGAGACCCGGGAGAAGAUCUGCGCCCACCUGUUCGGGGCGGGGGCCCUGUCGGCCCUCACCCUGGCCAAGGGCAUCGGGCUGACGCGGGCGCGGGACGUCAACCCGGCCCUUUACUACCUGGAGCGCCAGGGCGACGUGUGCCGCGAGGGCCUCACCCAGCCCCGCUGGGCGCUCACCGAGAAGAAGCGCGAGCGCAUGUGCAUCAAGCGGGAGGCGGCCGCCCCCGCCUCGCCGGGAGCCCCGGCCCCCGCCCCGGGCCUGGAGAACGGGCGGCGGCCGGGGGCCGGCCCCGGGGAAGACGGCGACGCCGGGGCGCCCCCGGCCGCCGAGGACGGCCGCUGGGCCAGCGACGACAUCCCCGACAGCCUCAACAUGAUCCGGCCCCCCGUGGCGGCCGCGGAGCCCCCGGGCUCCAUCGCGCAGCUGGGCUUCCCGCCGCCGCCUCAGCCGUCCCCGCUGGAGAAGCUGACCGCCUGCCGCAAGAAGAACCCCGUCAGCGGGCUCAUGGAGUUCACCCAGUUCACCUGCCAGCCCUGCGAAUUCACCCUCCUGGAGCAGAGCGGGCCCUCGCACGAGCCCCGGUUCAAGUUCCAGGCGGUGAUCAGCGGCCGGCGCUUCCCCCCGGCCGAGGCCAGCAGCAAGAAGCUGGCCAAGCACGACGCGGCCACGAGGGCGCUGAGGGUCCUCCUGCGCGAGGCGGGGGCCGCCGACGGGGCGGCCGGCGCGGACGGAGGCGGCCCCGGGGAGGAGGAGGAGGAGAUGGAGCAGAGCGAGAGCCAGGAGUCCCCGAGGCCGGUGCCCAUCAUCAACAAGAACCCCAUCAGCGUGCUCAUGGAGCACGUGCAGAAGGCCGGCGGCACGUGCGAGUUCCGCCUGCUGGCCCAGGAGGGCCCGGCCCACGACCCCAAGUUCGAGUACUGCGUGAUGGUGGGCAGCCGGGUCUUCCCCUCGGCCAUCGCCAACAGCAAGAAGGUGGCGAAGCAGAUGGCGGCCGAGGCGGCGGUGAAGGCGCUCCAGGACGAUCCCGAGGCCGCCGCCGGACCCCCCGAGCCGAUGGUCCCGCCGUUGGGCACCCCGCUGUUCGGCGCGGAGAACCAGCCGCGGCGCGUGGGCCAGCUCAUCAAGUACCUCAACGCCAACCCCAUCAGCGGCCUGUUCGAGUACGCCCGCUCCAGCGGCUUCGCCGCCGAGUUCAAGCUGGUCAACCAGUCGGGGCCCCCCCACGACCCCAAGUUCAUCUACCAGGCCAAGGUCGGAGGUCGCUGGUUCCCGGCGGUCAGCGCGCACAGCAAGAAGCAGGGCAAGCAGGUGGCGGCCGACGCGGCUCUGCGCGUCCUCAUCGGGGAGACCGAGAUGGAGGAGCGGCGGGGGGCCGCCGGCCUGCCCGAGCUCCCAUUGGGAGGCAGCACCGUCCACGACCAGAUCGCCAUGCUGAGCCACAAGUGCUUCAACUCGCUGACGGCCCGCAUCCAGCACAGCCUGCUCGGCCGCAAGAUCCUGGCCGCCAUCGUCAUGAAGAAGGGCCCGGCGGACCUGGGGGCCGUGGUCAGCCUGGGGACGGGCAACCGCUGCGUCAAGGGAGGGGAGCUCAGCCUCAAGGGAGAGACGGUCAACGACUGCCACGCCGAGAUCAUCUCUCGGAGGGGCUUCAUCAGGUUCCUGUAUAACGAGCUCAUGAAGUACGACCCCGCGUCGGGGACGGACAGCAUCUUCGAGCCGGCCGAGGGCGGCCGCCUCCAGGUCAAGAGGGGCGUCACCUUUCACCUCUACGUCAGCACGGCGCCCUGCGGGGACGGCGCCCUGUUCGACAAGUCCUGCAGCGACCUCCCGGGCCGGGGCGUGGAUGGCCUCCACCAGCCGCUCUUCGAGAAUCCCAAACAGGGCAAACUGCGCACCAAAGUGGAGAACGGCGAGGGCACCAUCCCGGUGGAGUCGAGCGCCAUCGUGCCGACGUGGGACGGCAUCCAGCACGGCGAGAGGUUACGCACCAUGUCCUGCAGCGACAAGAUCCUGCGCUGGAACGUCCUGGGCCUGCAGGGAGCCAUGCUCACCCACUUCCUGCAGCCCAUCUAUCUCACCUCCAUCACACUCGGCUACUUGUACAGUCAGGGUCACCUGACCCGGGCCCUGUGCUGCCGCAUGGCGAGAGAAGGGAGCGGGUUUCCCGAGGGGCUCCGGCCCCCCUACGCCCUCAACCACCCCAAGGUGGGCCGGGUGAGCGUGUACGACUCGACGCGGCAGACGGGCAAGACCAAGGAGUCCAGCGUCAACUGGUGCCUGGCCGACGGCACCGAGGUCGAGGUCCUGGACGGCACCAAGGGCAAAGUGGACGGGCCCCAGCUGGAGGUGUCCCGCGUGUCGAAGCGCAACCUCUUCGCCCUGUUCCGCCAGCUGAGCGCGCAGGCCAAGCGCGCGGACCUGCUGGCCUUCGCCUCCUACGCGGAGGCCAAGGGGGCGGCCCGGGCCUACCAGGUGGCCCGUGACUACUUCGUGCAGGGCCUGGAGGAGCUGGGCUACGGCAGCUGGAUCGGCAAGCCGCAGGAGGAGAAGAGCUUCGCGCCCGAGGACCCGUAGCCGCGCCCCGCCGGACCCCCGGCCCGGGGGCCUCCGCGGCGGCUCCGGGCCUCGCCCCGUCGGACGGACACGGGACCGGGGACGGGGAGGGGGCGGGCCGGCGGGGAGCCGGCGAGCCCCGCGGGUGCCCGGAGCACGUGCGUCGGGCGGUCCCGCCGUGCAUGUCCUCGGUCGGAGCCCCCGGCCCGGCUCGCCCCCUUCUCUCCCCCCUCGCUCGGGCCCCCGAGUCUCCAAACCAUUCCCCGCCCCCACCCACCCCCCGAAAAACGUAGUCCCCCACGCAGCCCUUGACCCCGUCCCCGCCGUCUGGGCCGGGGCCACCCGUGCUUUCCGGGGGCCUGGGGGAGGCGAGACCCUGCAUGGCAGGAGGGGAGGGGAGAGGGUGAUCCUGACCUCGCAGCCCUGAUUUCUGAGUUUUAGUCGUCUUCCACCCCCCCCCCCCUUUUUUAAUUAUGGUUAUGAUUUUAAAGAAAUGAUCGGCCGUGGUCCGAGCGCUCGCUCCCACCUGACCGGGGAACGGCGGGGAGAAGCGUAGCGUAAAUGACCCUCCGUCGCGGGAGACCCCCCCCCCCCCAUCCCAGACCCCACGUCGACCCCCAUUUUGUAACUGCUUUCGCAGACACCCCCCCCCCCCCCCAGGGCUUCCGGCAACCGAAGACACAUUCCGCAGAUGAAAUAAAUUCUCCCUUUUUUUCUGUA